CCAUUGAUGCUUUACCCAACCACAGCACGACUUAAGCAUCUGGCAUCCACCCUAGUUUCAGCACAAAAACCAUGCAGCCACUCCAUUUUCCAUACACAAAGUGCAGCAGAAAAUUAACUUUCUUUGCCCUUUUGCUGUUGAUCUCCUUGGCCUCUCCCACCAGUUCUUGCACAGAGAAGGAGAAGGGGUCCCUCCUGCAGUUUCUCAGUGAUCUGUCGUCGGACGGUGGCCUCGCCGCGUCCUGGAAGCAGAACGGCGCAGACUGCUGCGAAUGGGAAGGGGUCACCUGUGGCGAGGAUGGGGCAGUCACAGAUGUCUCAUUGGCUUUGAAGGGCCUUGAGGGGCGCAUAACACCGUCCCUCGGUAACCUUGCUGGCCUUCUGCGCCUCAACCUGUCCCACAAUUCGCUGUCGGGUGGCCUGCCACUGGAACUGGUGUCGUCCGGUAGCAUCAUCGUCCUUGAUGUCAGCUUCAACCGCCUCAGAGGAGACAUGCAAGAGCUGCCAUCUUCAACCCCAUCACGACCUCUUCAGGUACUGAACAUCUCAAGCAACUUGUUCACAGGACGGUUUCCAUCAUCCACCACCUGGGAGGUGAUGGACAAUCUGGUUGUGCUCAACGCCAGCAAUAACAGCUUCACUGGGCAAAUACCGGAUAAUUUCUGCAGCAGCUCGUCAUUGUUAGCUGUAGUUGAGCUCUGUUACAACCAAUUUACAGGCAUCAUCCCUCCUGGACUUGGUAACUGCUCCAUGCUCAGAGUGCUCAAGGUUGGACACAACAACCUCCACGGGACUCUCCCAAAUGAACUCUUUGAUGCUUCCUUACUGGAGUACCUCUCACUUCCUAGCAAUGUUCUAGAUGGAGUGCUAGACGGUGCUCAGAUAAUCAAGCUCAGCAAUCUAGUUACACUAGACCUAGGAGGGAAUAAUUUCAGCGGCAAGAUUCCGGAUUCCAUUGGUGAGCUCGAGAGACUAGAAGUGUUGCAUUUGGACUACAACAACAUGUCAGGGGAGCUGCCAUCAGCCCUGAGCAACUGCACAAAUCUGGUAACAAUUAACUUCAAGAGCAACAACCUCAGCGGAGAACUUAGCAAGGUCAACUUCUCCACCCUGCCUAGGCUCAAAACUCUAGAUGUUCUGUACAACAACUUCAACGGCAGAGUUCCAGAAAGUUUGUAUACCUGCAGCAAUCUGACUGCAUUGCGGCUAUCUGGCAACAACUUACAUGGGCAGCUCUCACCAAGAAUAGGCAAUCUGAAGCACCUCACCUUCCUUUCACUUGCUAUAAACUCUUUCACAAACAUCACAAAUGCGCUUCACAUUCUUCAGAGGUGCACCAACCUUAACACACUGCUUAUGGGAAGCAGCUUCAGGGGCGAGUUAAUGCCAGAGGAUGACUUCAUUGAUGGUUUUGAGAAUCUUCAGGUCCUCUCCUUAAAUGAUUGCUCGUUGUUAGGUAAAAUACCUCUUUGGAUAUCGAAGCUAGCAAAAUUAGAGAUGUUGAUAUUAUCUGAAAAUCAACUCACCGGAUCAAUACCAGCCUGGAUCGAAGACCUAAAGCACCUUUUCUAUCUAGACAUAUCAAACAAUAGCCUCACUGGAGAAAUUCCAACAAACCUGCUGGAUAUGCAAAUGUUGCAGUCAGAGAAGACUACAACCAGUUUAGACCCGAGGGUCUUCGAACUACCAGUUUAUAAGGGUCCAUCACUUCAGUACCGCAUACCCAUUGCUUUCGCCAAAGUGCUGGAUCUAAGCAACAAUAAAUUAACUGGUGAGAUCCCUCCGGAGAUCGGCCAGCUGAAAUCCCUUCUUUCCCUCAAUUUGAGCUUCAAUGCCCUAAGAGGACAGAUCCCAAUAUCAGUAUGCAAUCUCAGAAACCUGCAAAUACUGGACUUCUCGAACAACAAUCUCACUGGUGCAAUCCCAGCUGCACUGAACAGCCUGUACUUCCUUUCAGCAUUCAACGUUUCUAACAAUGACCUAGGUGGUCCUAUCCCAUUCGGAGGUCAGUUUAACACAUUCCAAAAUUCUUGCUUCGAUGGGAAUCCAAAGCUCUGUGGCUCUAUACUCACUCACAAAUGUGGUCCAGCUUCAACACCUCCACCCACCACCAUGGCAACCAAACAAACUGACUACAAGGCCGCCUUCGCGAUUGCCUUCAGCGCGUUCUUUGGUGUAGGGGUGUUGUAUGAUCAGCUAGUCUUAUCAAGGUUUUUGCGCUAGGACUGUCCACUUUCCAUAUCGGUCUAUCUCCGCUUCUUUGGGAUCAGGCUGCUUUUCGGUUUAGCAAAAUGCCCGUCAAACAAGCUUCCCGAGGUUCAAGUCAUAACUAGAGUUACAAAAUUAUUCUAGUGCGAAGCAUGAUUCCAUUUCGUGGAGAUUUACAAGUAUGUAAAAAUGUAAGAUUGUUGGCUGAAGCUUUCUGUACCUGUAACCCAUCCCAUAUUGUUGGUGUGCUGUGUA